AUGGAGGAAUAUAAGGUGCACUUCCGUCAUUUGAUGGCUUUUUAUUUUCGAAAGCGAAAGAACUCUACAGAAACACCACGGAAGAUUUCUGCCGUUUAUGGGGAUGGUUCUGUUGCUGAAAGUACCAUGGGAAAAUGGUUUUCUCGCUUCAGAAGUGGCAAUUUUUAUUUGGAAGACCGAGAACGUUCUGGUAGUCCUUUAGUUGCUGAUAACGAUUUAAUCAGAACACUAGUGGAAAAUAAUCCACGGCAAACAACACGACAUCGCAGAGAUAGCCUACAUAUCCACACGACCGUUGUGAAUCGUUUAAAGGCCCUCGGAUUCGUAAGUCGUUACGAUGUCUGGGUGCCGCACGACCUGACGGAGAAAAACAUAAUGGAUCGCAUUUCCAUAAGCGAUUCACUCCUGAAGCGAAAUGAAAAUGAUCCAUUCUUAAGACGGCUAAUAACGGGUGAUUAA